UUGUGGAUGAUCUCCAUUGAUAAGGUUGAACCAACAUACAAAAAAGAAAAGAGAGGAGCUGGUUUAUAUUAGUUGUUUUCCUUUUGGCCAGAGACAUCACCAAUAUGGCUGAGGCUGUUGUUUCGUUUGUGGCUGUAAGGCUCGGAUACUUCAUUCAAGAAGCCAAAUUCUUGUAUGGAGUCGGGGAUAUCGUUGACUUUGCACAAACCGAGCUACAGUUUAUGAGGAGCUUUCUGAAAGAUGCAGAUAAAAGACAAGAGCAUGAUGAAACACUACGUAUCUGGAUUGCUAAAAUUGUAGAUGCUGCUUAUGAUCUCGAGGAUGUCGUUGAAGCUUAUACGUUGAAAGCGGUUUUAAAGAGGAGAGGGGGUAUUACGAUUACUCUGAAAAGGUUUUCUUGCAUCUUGAAAGAAGGAGUUGACCUUCACAAGAUUGGUACAGAAAUUGAGAACAUUACCACCAGAAUUUCAAAUUUGCGGUCGAGUUUGGAAACUUUCAACCUAAGAGAAAUAAGGGAGGACGGAGGUGCCGGUUCCUUGCAAUUGUACGAGAGGCAACACCUACUGAGGCGAAGUUACUCUCAUGUUAUUGAACCUGAUAUCGUUGGGUUGGAGGACAGUGCGAAGGAAGUGAUUAUGCAAUUGAUGAAAGAAGACAAAUGCCUUGUUGUUUCGAUUUGGGGCAAGGGCGGCUUGGGAAAGACCACUCUUGCGAAACAUGUCUAUCAUCAUAGUGAAGUUCGGCACCACUUUGUUGGUUUCGCUUGGGUGUGCGUAUCUCAAAGAUGUCAAGUUAGAAGUGUUUGGGAAGCAAUUUUAUUUAAACUCAUGUCUCCUACCACUGAGCAAAGAGAAGCAAUUGCAAAAUGGAGGGAUGAUGAAAUAGCCCAAAAGAUUUGUCUUACGCUUCAAGAUUCGAGAUGUUUGGUGGUCCUUGAUGACAUUUGGAGCAUCGAGGCGUGGGAGUCUUUAAAAGCUGCAUUUCCACACGGGGGAACAAAGAGCAGGAUAUUACUCACCACUCGCAAAAAAGCAGUCGCUUUGUGUGCUGAUAGAAAUGGUUUCCUCUACCAACCCCGACCACUAAAUGAGAACGAAAGUUGGGAACUGCUCAGUAAGAUAGCAAUUGCUGGAAAGGAUGAUACAAACUCUAGAAGCUAUGCUAAGAAGAAAGAAUUAGGAAAGAAGAUGCUUCAUCACUGUGGAGGUCUCCCAUUAGCCAUCACUGUGCUUGCAGGACUACUAGUUAGAAAAGACACGGAGAAUGAAUGGGAUAUGAUGUUAAAAAAUGCUGAAGAAUACAUAAGAAGAGGUGAAGGUCACGAAGAGGAAUACGCUGGUUCAUUGUGGAUCUUGAAAUUGAGUUAUGAUGAUUUACCGUAUUACUUGAAACUAUGCUUUCUAUAUUUGGCUCAUUUUCCUGAGGAUUCAUCCAUACCAGUGAAAAGACUAACUCAGUUAGGCAGAAGGUCUUGUACCUUUCACACAGCUAAGACCUGCAGGUUCAUUGGAAACAAUGGAGAUGUAUCAUACAGCUGCUUCAAUGAAUUGGUGGAAAGGUGUAUGGUUCAAGUUGGAGAUCAAGGUUCGAUUAGAAAGAUCAAAACUUGCCACCUUCAUGAUCUUUUGCGAGACUUGUGCUUGUUAAAGGCAGGUGAGGAAAACUUUCUCCAGAUUGUGAAUUUUUCGCACAGAAAUGAGGCAAUGUAUCUUUUUUCUUCUUCCACGGUAACCAAAGUAGCAUCAACGGAUAAAGUUAGAAGACUUGCAGUCUAUUUGGAGGGGAGUGCUGAUAAACUGGUUCCAUCAAGAGAUGAAAGUAAUGUUCACAUCAGGUCUUUGUCAUACUUUACCCCGGUUGACUGGACACCAAGAAAUAUAAAGUUACUACGGCCAAUUUUCAAGGACUUCAAACUGCUUAGAGUUUUAAAAUUGGAAAACAUGAAAAGAGUAGUAGAGCUAUCGAGGGAUAUUGGGAGCCUAAUCCACUUAAGGUAAGGUUUUUAAGUUUAUUCAACAGUGAUAUAAGACGGUUGCCAUCAUCCAUAGGUAAUCUGUUAUGUUUGCAAACUCUAGAUUUACGCUUAUAUGGCUCAACAGUUAUCCCAAAUGUUAUAUGGAAGAUGGACCAACUGAGACACUUAUAUUUACCCUUAAACUACAGUAUAAGUGAUAAUGAUAAACUAAGAUUGGCUCCUCUCCGCAAUUUGCAGACGUUACAAUAUGUUUCAACUCGCUAUUCUGAUUUGAAUGAACUUGCUGAUUUGAUAAGUCUGAGGAAACUGUUUAUAGAUGUGUACGAAUGUGAUUUGAGAAAUCUGGAGAAAAUCUUCAAGUCUACAAGCCUCAAAUUCAACCUUCUUCAGUCCUUAUCUGUGCGUAACUUGCGUGUGCAGGACUCGAGAGUUAUAUUGUUGAGAAAGUCAAGGAUCAUCAUCAAGAUACU